AUGAAGAAGAAUUACGAAAUGGAGGGUGAGGUUGAAAAUGAAGAAGAAAGGGACAUCUCCCUUCUCGGCCAGAAUUUGACCGGCCACGCACAGUUCAGGUGGGCCCCGGCCACCUCGUCCCGCCGCUGGACAACCACCGCCGACAGUCGGGGUCUAAGGAGAUCAACUUAUCGUACUCAUCCGCCGAUCUUCCGUGCUAACUUGUUUGCCUCGUCGCUAACCCACGGCGAUACCGCCGGGAAGCCACUGUUGUCAUCCUCGUCGCCUUUUAAAAGGAAGUGCGAUUGCGAGAACGCCGGCGCCUCCGGCAAGUGCAGUGGGUCGUCUUCUAGCCACUGCCACUGCUCCAAAAGAAAAAUAAAAUAA